AUCUUCAAUGGCGUUAAGAGUUAAAACUUCAGUUUAUCUUCUUGCUUCAAUCACACUAGAUAAAGUGAAUCAAAAUGAAUUGGCGAAUUCAUUUAAUGUGUUUAGGUUUCUUGUUAUGCAGUUGCAGUGCAAUGAGUCCAAUGAAGAUACUUGAACAACUUCCAUCCCAAGAGAGUUUAGUAAGAUUAGGAAAAUCUGCGUAUCGUAGAAUUGGUGAUGCUUGGGAAGGCUUGGAUUUAAAGUAUGUUCAAACUUCAAUCGAUGUAAAUCUAUUGAAUUAUGAAGGUGACCCCAUGAAAUUCGCAUGCGUGUACAACGACAGCAUGAAUGACUUCGAAUUAGUGAAAAGUGACGACAAAGCACAUUUGACAUAUUUAGUGGAUAAAUUAAAUAAUGGAAGGGGUAUUUCUCUCUUUUUCCUCGGAAUUGGUGACGACAUACAUGAACGUGAUAAUCGAUUCAAAGUUACCAGGGAAUGGUUCAUUGAAUCGGGUACAAAUAUAUGCUUCAUUGCAUAUACCUACCAAAACUAUGACAUUUCGGUUCUAAAUACAUAUUCAUACUUAAAAAAAACAUUGACAACGCGGCGCGUUGAAUUUGUCGCAAGAGAAGCACGUGAUUUAAUUUUGAAUGUUCGAAAACAGUGCGUAGAAAGUAAAAAAAGAGGUUGUCUUAAGGAUAUGUCGCAGGUCACCAUGCUUGGUUUUAGUCUCGGAGCUCACAUCGCCGCCUACGCUUGUCGAUAUCUAUACAGCGAAACGAAUGAGAAAAUUCCGAAAUUAAUAGGCCUUGACCCUGGAGCAGUAUCAUAUUGGAUUGGUACAAGUAACUAUAUUCACAGAGGCGACGCUAGCUAUGUUCAAGUUAUUCACACAUCAUACAUGGGUACAAGAAUGCAACAAGGUGAUCACGACGUUUACGUGUAUUGCGAUAGAUGGCAUUCACCGAAAAAUCAUCUAUUAGCUUUGGAUUUACAUGAGCUCAUUUCGGCUAAGAAAGCAAUUUUAAUUGCAUCUGAAAAAGAUGGUGGCAGAAUGAUCAAUUUAAGAGAAAAUCCAGAACUUAAGUCUAAGCGCGUCAAGCUAGCUGAAGACGAAUGCGUAGUUGGCGUUUACAACGAUGGUUUUAGCAAAAAAACAAACGACGCACAUCCUCAUCCAAGAAUGUUCGAGUUGAAAUUGUCAUUUAAAUAGAACAUCGAGAUGACAUCGUUCGGUUUAUUCGAAUAUUAAAUGUAAUAAAACCUAAAUAUCGAAAAUGUUCUGGUGUUUGAAUCGAAUUAUUAUUUGAUAAUAAAAACGCAGAUCAUGAAAAAA